GGUCGCAGGCUCAGUGCAGCAAACAUCAACCUGUCCUGAAUAGAGGAAUAAACAUGAGCGAUUAUUGAGCGCGUCUCUUUCAGUCAUUGGUCUACCAUUCAAAGCCAUUCAGUUGGCUUUCGUUUUAUCCUCAUUUCGAUCCUCGGGUGUCCUGCAAACUGUCUAAUCUGGAGGAGGACGGGGAGACUAGCAUGGCCAUGACGGGAGGCAUGGCAGCGCCACUCCCAAUGAGCAACCACACGCGAGAGAGGGUCACGGUGGCCAAACUCACGCUGGAGCACUUCUACAGCACCCUGCUCACCCAGCACGAGGAGAGGGAGAUGAGGCAGAAGAAGCUGGAGAAGGUGAUGGAUGAGGAGGGUUUACCUGACGAAGAGAAGAGUAUGAGGCGCUCUCUGCAUGCUCGUAAGGAGACUGAGUUUCUGAGGCUCAAAAGGACCCGUCUGGGCCUAGAUGAUUUUGAGUCUCUCAAAGUGAUCGGUAGAGGAGCAUUUGGAGAGGUGCGCCUGGUUCAGAAAAAGGACACGGGUCACAUUUACGCCAUGAAGAUCCUCAGGAAAGCAGAUAUGUUGGAGAAAGAGCAAGUGGCACAUAUCCGGGCUGAAAGAGAUAUCCUGGUAGAGGCUGAUGGUGCCUGGGUAGUAAAGAUGUUCUACAGUUUCCAGGAUAAACGCAAUCUUUAUCUCAUCAUGGAGUUCCUGCCUGGAGGAGAUAUGAUGACUCUGCUGAUGAAGAAAGACACUCUAUCUGAAGAGGCGACACAGUUUUACAUUGCAGAAACCAUCCUGGCCAUCGACUCCAUUCACCAGCUGGGCUUCAUUCACAGAGACAUCAAACCUGACAACCUGCUCCUUGAUUCACGGGGGCAUGUCAAACUGUCUGACUUCGGCCUCUGCACUGGCUUGAAAAAGGCCCAUCGGACCGAGUUUUACCGGAACCUCACGCACAAUCCCCCUAGUGACUUUUCGUUUCAAAACAUGAACUCAAAACGGAAGGCAGAAACAUGGAAGAAGAACCGAAGGCAGCUGGCUUAUUCAACCGUGGGAACGCCGGACUACAUCGCCCCUGAGGUCUUCAUACAGACGGGCUACAACAAGCUGUGUGAUUGGUGGUCUCUUGGAGUGAUAAUGUACGAGAUGCUAAUAGGCUACCCACCCUUCUGUUCCGAGACGCCACAGGAAACCUACAGGAAAGUCAUGAACUGGCGAGAAACGCUGAUCUUCCCUCCCGAAGUUCCCAUUUCUGAGAGAUCCAAAGACCUGAUUCUUAGGUUCUCCACAGAUGCUGAAAACAGGAUUGGAUCGGGAAGUGUGGAUGAAAUAAAAUCUCACCUUUUCUUUGAAUCUGUGGACUGGGAGCACAUCAGAGAACGACCUGCUGCUAUUUCCAUUGACAUCAAGAGCAUUGAUGACACGUCUAACUUUGAUGACUUUCCAGAGUCAGACAUUCUACAGCCAGUGACAAAUGUAACCGAACCAGACUUCAAGUCCAAGGAUUGGGUUUUCCUCAACUACACCUACAAGCGGUUUGAGGGACUGACUCAGCGCGGAACCAUCCCAACCUACAUGAAGGCGGGAAAGGCAUGAAACAGGAAGCGGCGUUAGCCUUCGAUACCCGGGAAUAAAAGCAGGAUUAGAAUGUAAAUGACAAUUGAAAGGCAGAUGUCAGCCGACAGAGUAUUUCUGUUGCAACAAGCUCAUCUGCACGGAAGCUUACGCACUGCCGCUUUGAGCUACAUAGUAGACCUUGUCUCAGAGGAGUCCCUGGUGACAAUAAAAUGAAAAAUGAAGCGUUAAAAGUUAAGCAUAAUAUUUAUAUGGCCAAACAUAUGGAGAGAUUCCUCUUGUCCAGCUACUCAGCACUAAGGAAACAUAAAGGUUUUCUAAAUGCUUUUCAACACUGGAUCGAAACAGGGUCACAACUAAAAACAAAAGGGAUACAUCACUGAAGCCUUAUGGUUAGAAUACAUAGAUCCUCAAACCUCUUGAGAAAGCUGCAAUAAUGUUGACUUCCCUUAGUUACUUGUAUCUUCUUCUCCCCAGGAAGUUAAAAAUCUGUAUAAUGCCAAAUGGAAGAUUUACAUUCUUAGCACAUAUUUCGUAGUUAACUACCUGAUGCUGAAUUUAUCCCACAAGCGUAUUUUGUGCACUCGUUUUGUUGUAUGACCGCAACACCUACCUAAAAAGAAACUUGAAUGAAGAUAUUUUUGGGGUUCACAUGGAUUAUAAUUCCUUUAAGUGCCAGUGAGCAGCCGACCCGUCCCUGUGCAUUUCACACAAAGUCAUCUACUGUUGUUGUUUUGUUUGUUACUUUUUGUUUUCGGGAGUGUUGUUCACCUAUGCAACCAUUUUUGUAGUUAUUUUGUUACAAAUGGCAGAUGUAGCUUCAAUCUGUGGUUUUUAGAGGCAAUGUAAUAUAGUUACGUUUGUUUAUGCCCUAUCCAUCCAUAAAGAUGUUAUACAAAUCUAUGCGUAAAUACAGGGUUUAAAACAAGCAAUUUGCAACUUUUUAGCAUAUUAAUACCAAACUAACGGCUUGGUCAUUAAACAACAUAAGCUUGUACAAAAUAAUGUACAAAAUGCUGGUAAACAUAUCAACAGAAAACAAAGUUGGCAUUAUUGUGGAUGAUGGAUAAGGCAUCCCAACCACUGACAAUUUUAUACUACAUAAACAGUUAAGACAGCUUGUAUGAGGACCUUGUUUUCUUUAAGAUAUUUAUUGACUGAAAAUCUGCAUGACUACACUUUACUGACCAGAUUGAAAUACUGAGAAGAGAGCAAAUGCUGUAGCUGUGGUGGAUUUGUCUGUAAUGUAAAAGACUGGUGCUGGAGUUUCACUUAGUUAUAUAUUGACUUUUGUUGUUUUGUUAUCUGCUGACUUGAUGGAAGUAUAAACAUGUAAAAGAAAUAAA